AUGGCUGGUGACGAUUCCUGGGUUUUUGAUUCUUUGGUGUGUUUUCUGCAUGGACCCGUUUGGAAUGCUCCACUGCAGACAUUUAUUGAAGAGAAAUCGUUGAUUUUCGAUCCCAAUUUACAACCGGACGAAGAGAAUCCCGAGGUCAAGCGUAUUCAUGAAGAUUAUAAAAACCUCGUCGACUAUAUGUUGGGCAGUUUUAUGGAAGAAAUGCAAAUAACACCGGAACAAUUUGAAAUGGCCUGUCUGGAGGGUAGACAACAGCAUAAGGAUAAUCCAUUUCAAUUUCAUCAGGGUUUAUUUCAGCAGAUAUGGGCUGCCAAUGACAUAAAGAUUUUCAUACGCAUGAUGACUCAGCGUAAUGUCGAAUUACAGCUACAGGCAUUGGAUUUGAUAGAGAAAAAUCAAUUGGCCUUGUUUCAGCAGGGCGAAAGUUUUGAUAGUCCCAGUGAGAGUGGUCGUCAGUCACAGAAUGAAAAAUUCAACGAUGUUGAAAAUUUCAUUGCCAAAUCGGUGGGCAAAGAAAUGGAAACCCCUGAGGCAUCGGUGACACCUGAGCCAGAUGCCACCGAACAGGAUGUCAAUGAGAAAUUUGAGCGGUUAAAUCUAUUCUUUGAGAAAAAUCAGCAGGUAAAUCCUGAUGAAAUGAUAACACGUCAAGAGUACUUGCGCGAACAGCGUGAUAAAAUUAUCGAACUGAAAAAGAAAACUCGGGCCAAGCAGCUACAAGAAACGGUUGCAAAAUCAUUGAAUACAUCAGUUCCUGGAACGUCUGCAGCAAAGAGUACCCGGCCAUCGUCGGCUCAGGUGGCCCAGAAGCUUUUGGAAAACGUUUCCAAACCAAAUUCGGUUUUGGAAAAACCUGAAGAAGUGGAAACCGAUUCGGCAUUGCUUUUGAGAAAAACGUUGGCAAAACGUUUGAAGGCUGAAGUUGUGGAACAGAAAAUUGAAUUCAUUAUCCGGAUAUGUUUAUCUGUAUAUCCGGGUUUAAUAACUAUUAUUCCUCUUUUUAUUUUCAGUGAAAAAUUCAACGAUGUUGAAAAUUUCAUUGCCAAAUCGGUGGGCAAAGAAAUGGAAACCCCUGAGGCAUCGGUGACACCUGAGCCAGAUGCCACCGAACAGGAUGUCAAUGAGAAAUUUGAGCGGUUAAAUCUAUUCUUUGAGAAAAAUCAGCAGGUAAAUCCUGAUGAAAUGAUAACACGUCAAGAGUACUUGCGCGAACAGCGUGAUAAAAUUAUCGAACUGAAAAAGAAAACUCGGGCCAAGCAGCUACAAGAAACGGUUGCAAAAUCAUUGAAUACAUCAGUUCCUGGAACGUCUGCAGCAAAGAGUACCCGGCCAUCGUCGGCUCAGGUGGCCCAGAAGCUUUUGGAAAACGUUUCCAAACCAAAUUCGGUUUUGGAAAAACCUGAAGAAGUGGAAACCGAUUCGGCAUUGCUUUUGAGAAAAACGUUGGCAAAACGUUUGAAGGCUGAAGUUGUGGAACAGAAUUAA